CUAGCAUCUACCGUGCAGGGGGGGGUUGCGUCUACCUCCCGAGCCCCCGGAUAUCCGCACUGCUACCGGAAGCCGGAAGCGGACGGAGAGUGUGUGUGAAUGCGCACUGCGCAGUGCUGGGAACACGUGUGUAGCGGGCUGUGAGUGUGUACGGGGCUGAGUGCAGGGGAUUAGCGGGGCGUGUUUAGCGGGCUGAGUGUGCGGUGCAGGCGGCAGGUCCUUGCUGUCUCCGUUCAGACAUGACGAAGGUGAAGAAGGAGAAGCUGGACGAGGGGGAGGAGGCGGCCCAGGCGACCCCUGAGCUGUCCUACGAGGAGAUGCUGGCCAACCUGAACCCCAUCGCGCAGCCGCUGGCGGGACGGAAGCUCACCAAGCGCCUGUACAAGUGCAUCAAGAAAGCUUCCAAACAUAAGAAUAUUCGCAGAGGCGUAAAAGAGGUGCAGAAGUUCAUUAACAAAGGAGAGAAAGGCCUUGUCGUACUUGCUGGUGAUACAUUUCCUAUUGAGGUUUACUGCCAUGUACCUAUUAUGUGCGAGGAUCGGUCCAUUCCAUAUGCGUAUAUUCCAUCCAAAUCUGAUUUAGGCGCUGCCGCCGGCUCUAAGCGCCCUGCCUGUGUGAUACUGAUUAAGCCAAACAGCGAAUACCAAGACUCGUACAAUGAUUGUCUGGAAGAGGUUCAAGCACUUCCAUUACCCUACUGAGUGAACUUUUAUUAUUUCAUUGUUUUAUUUUAUGUACAGUUUUUUGGACCCUUUUUUAGGACCUUUUUUUUUUUUUUGUUGUUGUUGCUGUUGUUGUGCAUUUAACUAGUUAAUGUACAAUACAUUGUCUACAGUCCAACUCCAUGACUAAAAGAUGUGCAUCGGAGGUUUUUGAAUGGACAGUGAUUUGACGUUUGUUCAUAAUGCAAUAAUACAGUUUUUACAAAUGAUAAAGAAGAGUCCCGACUUGGAUCCUAUUUUUAAACUCCUUUGUCUGCUGAUAUUCUUAAAUGAUGCUGAUUGUGUAUACAAAAGGUUAAUUCCAAUUCAUGGUUACAUUAAAUGUAUGAUAAAUACAUUAUUGAGAGCAGCUAAUAAAGAGAAACUACUCUUUGUGCUCAGG